CCUCCCACAUAGCGCGACCACUUUAGAUGUUCGUUGGUUGACAAGGUGGAAAAACUAAAGAAAAAGUAGUCUUCUAACUUCAGUCUCGAGGACCGUUUGGCGAUGACGCCCUUGUAUUUGGGGCGUGUGUCCUUCUGCCCUUGUGAAGCACAACAGAAAUGAGUAAAGACUACCCACGGAUGGAAAUGGACCUGGCUUUUGGAUCAGCCAAGUCCUAUGGGUCCUCGAGAAGUAUCGUGAGGAGAAUAGCUUCGAGUCUUCCUUUUAAUCCCUGCCCUAGGGUUCACUUCCAGCUUUAUCCGUACAAUGAGGACGCUGGUGUCCUCAUCGGCUCCAGGAGGCAGACCGGUUUGGUGGCCUCUCUGGCUGAUGUCGCCUGGAUCGACGGGGAUGACGACGAAGACUCCUUUGGCAAACACGGCAGGUCAGUGAUCCCACAGGGACUCGUGUUUCGAGCUCGCCAGCCUCAGAGACAACCCUUAACGCGCCAGAGGUCACUGCCGAGCCUGCAACAGGGGACUCCGGACCCCCAGGGGCCUACAACCGCCAACGAUGAGGCCAUUCAGAAGAUCGGCGCACUGGAGACGGAACUCGCCAAACUCAGAGUUCAGAUAGCACAAAUUGUAUUGGCUCAGGAAAAGAACAGCCAGCCAGCUGCUACCACAGGGACACCUCCCCCUCCACCCUGUGGCACCCUGCCUCCACCUCCUCCUCCUCCUCCUCCACCACCACCACCUCCUCAACUCUUAAGUCUUCAGCGGACAUUUUCUGUCAUUGACUUGAUAAAGGAGCGCAGAGGGAAGAAGACAGACAGCCAGACAGCUUUGGAUUCAAAGCAGGCAGAAAUUCCCAGCAUGCUCGAUGUCCUGAAAGACAUGAGCAAAGUCAAAUUGCGAUCAGUCAAAAGUCGGCCAGCGGACGGAGAAGCCAAAGUGAAGUCCAGCGAGCCUUUAGAUGCUGCAUCUCUCAUCGCCGAGGCCCUGAAACGCAAGUUCGCCCAUCGCUAUCGACACGACAGUGAACAAGGAGACAACGAGGAUUUCAAACUUCCCGUUCCAGAAGUGAAACCUCAAACGGAGAAACCUCUGUUUGGGCAGCACAUGUUGAAGUCAACUGGGAAAAAGAAGUUGCUCUGAUCAGCUGAUUCUGAUCUCCAGAUGUGCUGCGGACGCUUUGAAGUGCCUUAUCCACCUCUUCAUACGAGCCGUUUCUGUGGAAGAACAAGGGAGCAGUCAUCUCAUAUCGAUGUAUCCAAGUCAUCUUCAACAUCUGGUUUAUUUGCACUUUUAUAACUUAUAUUAGCUUUCUAUUUUACGAACAUGAUUAUUAUUGUUCAACUGAAUGUUUUUUUUUGUGUUGGAAUAGUUCAAACUUCUGUCCUGAGUGAAAGCGUCAGAGGCAACACUACAGAAUUGAUGAACGUUAUUCGUUUUAUUGCUCAAUCAUAACUUGUUGCAUAUUUGGUCGUGUUUGCAUUCCUAUUUUAAGGAGUCUGUGAAAGCUGAAGAGUUAUUCUACCACAGAAGAAAGGGAGCACUUUCUUACU